AUGACUUUCCAUAUCACCGCUCCUCUGUUGCGGAUACUCGUAGCUAUCCCCAUCUUUCUCCUCGGAUUCAAGAUAUGCGAUACUGUCAACCGACCUCUGCCAUUGACGCGUGAUCUCUCAACACUCCUCUCCAACCAGACUCUAACGCUCGAACUUCCUGGCCAUAGCGAUACUGUUGUUGCCACCGCAUAUAUCCCCAUUUCUCUCUACGACCAUGGCCGCAACUCGGUUUUCUGGUGCGCCUUGCUAGCUCUUGCAAAUGCUGGCGCUUACGUUAUCGACAAAUUGCGGCAUCACAUUUUUUCACAGCUACUUGCGCUGGAUGAAAGUGCGAAGAAAGUCCCAAAAGGCGGAGUCUUGAAGUUUUACCUUCAAGGUGUGAGGAAUCUCAACCUGACUGGAUGGGUCAAUGCCACUGGACCCAGAGAUACUUUCCUGGCAUGGUUGUUCUCAUUGCUUGCCUUGACUGGAGCUUUAUAUCCCACGAUUGUCGCCGGGAUACAAAACUUGGCCAGUGACUCUGUUGCAACCCAACUGGACUACUUCUUCACAAGCGGCCGCGCAUCGAAUGAUACCGUCUUCGGCAGCUCCAGUGGCCAUGGCACAUACACUCUUGAGAGCUGGACCUGUCAGAUUGCGCCACUGGUCUCAAGUCCCGCCGACAUGACCACAUCUGCAAGAGUAAGAGAAGUGUUGACCCAGUCAUGUCGUGAUGGCCACAGCUCUCGCUAUCUCUUACUCAUCAUGCUGCCAUUCACGAUCUUAAUGCUUUUACUCAUUGUAAAGCCGCAUUGGUUUACCUUCACACUUGGAGCGGAGAAAAGACCAGCUUGGAUGUCAGUACCACUGGAGGAAACCGACAAAGACGUCGAAAGUGAUGACGACGAUGAGGAUCCAAUGGCUGCGUAUGGUAAUAACGCUAGAGACCAAUGGCAGCUGAACUAA